GUUGCUUCGACAUUUAACGGAAAUUUCCGAGUUUAAAGGGAAGAUAUGGAGUUUACAGAAUAUCCGUAGCCUCUGUAUUUAAGUCUGUUUACUGUGACAUGAGUACUGAUGGCGGAGGCUGGACGGCGAUACAAAGAAGACAGGACGGGUCUACAGAUUUUUACAGAACAUGGUCAGAAUAUAAACAAGGGUUUGGGGAUCCCUCUAGAAACUACUGGAUUGGAAAUGACGCAAUGUACAAGAUGACAAAGAACAAGAACCAAGAACUCCGGGUUGAGCUACAAAGUUUUUGUAGGAUUGAAACAUACGCUCAGUACUCCACAUUUUAUGUCGGUGAUGAAGGCAGUAAAUACAGACUCGCUGUGUCGGGGUAUUCAGGAACCGCGGGUGACAGUUUGAUAUAUCCUCAUAAUGGUAUAAAAUUUACAACUAGAGAUGAUGAUAAUGUCAACUGGUCCGGUGGUAACUGUGCUGUAUUAAAUCACGGAGCCUGGUGGUAA